CUGGUCUCAAACUCGUGACCUCAGGUGAUCCACCCCCCUUGGCCUCCCAAAGUGCUGGGAUUACAAACGUGAGCCAAAACACCCUGCCUCUGGAGUACUCUUAUUUCUCAAGAAUUUUUGGAAGAGGAACGAAUAGGCCAAAGUCAUUUCUAAAUUGAACUGCCAUCCAGGGGUCUUCAAGCAAGAAGAGAGAACCUCAGGAGUUAGAACCAGAAGAAGCCAGGGAAGCAGUACAAUGGCUUCAAAAAUCUUGCUUAACCUGCAAAAGGAUGUGACCUGUCCCAUCUGCCUGAAACUUUUGACAGAGCCCUUGAGUCUAGGCUGUGGCCACAGCCUCUGCCAAGCCUGCAUCACUGUGAACAACAAGGAGGCAGUGACCAGCCCGGGAGGAAAAAACAGCUGUCCUGUGUGUGGUAUCAGCUACUCAUUUGAAAAUCUACAGGUUAAUCAGCAUCUGGUCAGCAUAGUGGAGAGACUCAGGGAGGUCAAGUUGAGUCAAGACAAUGGGAAGAAGAGAGAUCUCUGUGAUCGUCAUGGAGAGAAACUUCUACUCUUCUGUAACGAGGAUAGGAAGGUCAUUUGCUGGCUUUGUGAACGGUCUCAGGAACACCGUGGUCACCACACAUUCUUCAUGGAGGAAGUAGUCAAGGAAUGUCAGGAGAAACUCCAUGCAAUCCUCAAGAGGCUGAGAAAGGAGGAAGAGGAAGCUGAGAAGCUGGAAGCUGACAUCAGAGAAAAGAAAACUUCCUGGAAGUAUCAGGUACAAACUGAGAGACAAAGGAUACAAACGGAAUUUGAUCAGCUUAGAAGAAUCCUAAAUAGUGAGGAGCAGAGAGAGCUGCAAAGAUUGGAAGAAGAGGAAAAGAAGACGCUGGAUAACUUGGCAGAGGCUGAAGAUGAUCUAGUUCAGCAGAAGCAGUUGGUGAGAGAGCUCAUCUCAGACGUGGAGUGUCGGAGUCAGUGGUCAACAGUGGAGCUGCUGCAGGACAUGAGUGGAAUCAUGAAAUGGAGUGAGAUCUGGAGGCUGAGAAAGCCAAAAACUCUUUCCCAGAAACCGAAGACUGUAUUCUACGCUCCAGAUCUGAGUAGGAUGCUGCAAAUGUUUAGAGAACUGACAGCUGUCCGAUGCUACUGGGUGGAUGUCACAAUGAAUCCAGUCAACCUAAAUUUGAAUCUUGUCCUUUCGGAAGAUCAGAGACAAGUGAUAUCUGUGCCAAUUUGGCCUUUUAAGUGUUAUAAUUUUGGUAUCUUGGGAUCCCAAUAUUUCUCCUCAGGGAAACAUUACUGGGAAGUGGAUGUGUCCAAGAAAACUGCCUGGAUCCUGGGGGUAUAUUGUAGAACACAUUCCCGCAAUACAAAGCAUGUCAUUAGAAGAUGUGCAAAUCAUCAAAAUGUUUACUCCAAAUAUAGACCUCUAUUUGGCUACUGGGUUAUAGGGUUACAGAAUAAAUGUAAGUAUAGGGCCUUUGAGCAGUCUUUGUCCUCUGAUUCUGAGGUUUUGACUCUCUCCAUGGCUGUGCCUCCCUGCCGUGUUGGGGUUUUCCUAGACUAUGAAGCAGGCAUUGUCUCAUUUUUCAAUGUCACAAGCCAUGGCUCCCUCAUUUAUAAGUUCUCUAAAUGUUGCUUUUCUCAGCCUGUAUAUCCAUAUUUCAAUCCUUGGAAGUGUCCAGCUCCCAUGACUCUGUGCCCACCAAGCUCUUGAAUUUUCCCAUUUCUUCACCUACAACCCUUUGUCUUGACUCAUCUCCUGCAUCUGACUUAUCCGCAACGUUUAGACCAUUGCUUCCUUGUGGUCUCCCUCCCUUACUUUAGAACUUUCACUCAUCCUUGAGAUGUACAAUACAUUUGGCUUGAGUUAUGAGAGAUGCUUAUUUAUUCAUUGACUCUUUUUCAUAUUUUCAGAGAAAGUUAUCUAAUCCCUCUUAAAGGCACAGCAGUAUUGAUAUAACAUCCUUGCCUUCUCAUUUCUCUGUGUUUUGCUUUAUCACUGAUAUGAAGAGGCCCAGAGCCUGUUAGCCACCAUCCAUUCUACCUAGGUGGUUCAUAGGAACCAGCCCAUGACCACCACCAACAUCAACUAAAGAUUCUUGCAGAGUAUGUCAGUGUGUUGCUCAGGAUACCCCAGGUACAUCAAGGAAUCAAGGAGAGAAAAAUCUAAUCAAUAUGUGUAUUCAGAGAGAUUUUAUGUCCAGAGUAUUUCAGCUCAAACCUCGUCUCUUGUUUUCUAAUCAUGUUGAAUACUUUCUCAUUUUUUUACCUGAAAUACAAAUCGUGAUUUAAGCCUGCACCUGACAUUUUGGGCUGGAUAAAAAAAAGGAAAAAAAAAAAGACUGAACCUAUUAAGAUUAUUGUGUAAAACUAGAUGUCUCUAAAUGUAAUGCACCAAUUUAGUGUCUGGAACAUAAUAAAUAUUUGCUCUCAUGAUUACUAAAAAGUGUAAGCUGUGGUAA